UACAACAGCUGGCUGAACACGCCCCCCCUCCCCCUUUCUUCUAAACAAGCAGGAUUUUAAACCACCACCAAGACCUACAGGUUUACGCAUGAGGGACAUGAGGGAGAGACAGGACAGAGUGGAUCAGUGCUAGUGGAUCAUGCUGUGGUGGAACCGCUUCACCUGCCUCCAGUGUCUGUCCUUACGAACAGAAACUGGGCUCAACAACCCUCCUCUGCCCCUUCGCCUCGGGGCGGGCACAAGACAGAGCUCCACUGAUCCGGAGAGAAGACCUCUGUUAACUUUUGGUGCCGGCCAGCAGACGAACCGCCGACGGCAGGAUCUGAAAGAAACAGGAAGGAAUGACUCUCUUCCUCCCCCGCACAGGAAGAAAUGAGAGAGCCCAACGUUUCGUCGCGCCGCUUCCCAAACUACAUUUCCCAGCGUCGGCGGGAAGCGCGGCCGCCCCUUCUGGGCCGGGCGCGGCUGAUGCUUAACGCGGGGUGAGGAGGGCGCUGGAGAUGGCGGCGGCAACGGGGAGGGGGCUGUAGCGCUGCCGGUCUGUGUCUCACCCUUCGCAUCGCCUCAGGCUGCGCCUGAGCGAAGAGCUCCUGCGGGGCGGGGGGAGCUGCCGUGUGUCCCCUGUGCAGCUCGGACCGUGCCGCUCCCGGGAGGUGCCAUCUCCCGCCUAGUAAAGAAGAAUGUCGUUGUUUAAAGCUAGAGACUGGUGGUCUACUAUACUUGGAGAAAAGGAAGAAUUUGACCAAGGCUGUCUGUGUGUUGGUGAUGUUGAUAAUAGUGGCAGUGGACAAGAUAAAAUUAUUGUGGGCAGUUAUAUGGGAUAUCUCCGAAUCUUUAAUCCACAUCCUGUGAAACCUGGAGAUGGAGUACAACCUGAGGACUUGCUCUUGGAAGUGCAGUUACGAGAACCAAUAUUGCAGGUGGAAGUGGGAAAAUUUGUUUCUGGUACGGAAGGACUUCACCUGGCUGUGUUGCAUUGCCGAAAACUGUGUGUAUAUACUGUUUCAGGGACUCUGGGAACUGUGGAACAUGGGAACCAGUAUCAGAUUAAACUGAUGUAUGAGCACCAUCUUCAGAGAACUGCUUGUAACAUGACAUAUGGUCCAUUUGGUGGUGUAAAAGGUCGAGAUUUGAUAUGCAUACAGUCCAUGGAUGGGAUGCUCAUGUUGUUUGAGCAGGAAAGCUACGCUUUUGGCCGUUUUUUACCUGGUUUUCUUCUGCCGGGUCCCUUGACUUACAGCUCUCGGACAGAUUCUUUCAUUACAGUGUCUUCUUGUCAACAGGUUGAGAGUUACAAGUACCAAGUGUUGGCAUUUGCGACAGAUGCUGAUGAAAGACAAGAAACAGAACAGCAAAAACUUAGUUCUGGAAAAAGACUUGCGGUGGAUUGGGUUUUAAACAUCGGAGAACAAGCACUGGAUAUAUGUGUUGUCUCCUUUAAUCAAGCAGUUUCUUCUGUUUUUGUGCUUGGUGAGAGAAACUUCUUUUGCCUGAAGGAUAAUGGGCAAAUUCGAUUCAUGAAAAAGCUUGAUUACAGUCCAAGUUGCUUCAUUCCUUAUUGUUCAGUGAAAGAAGGAACAAUAAACACUCUAGUUGGAAACCAUAAUAAAAUUUUGAAUGUUUAUCAAGAUGUUACACUGAAAUGGGCCACUCAACUUCCUCACAUUCCUGUAUCAGUGAAAGUAGCAAAUUUACAAGCUGUGGUAGGUGCUGGCUGCCCAGUGCCUGUGACCAUACUGGAUGCAGUAGGAGUGUCCUUGUCAGGUGCCUCUUUCCUUUUUUCUUCCAUCUUUUCUAAUAAAAGGAUGUGUAACAUGCAUAACAGAGGCUUGAAGGGUGUUAUAGUCACUCUGAGUGACGAUGGUCAUCUUCAGUGUUCCUACCUUGGAACUGAUCCUUCAGUCUUCCAGGCUCCUAGAGUUGAUUCUAGGGAAAUAAACUAUGAAGAAUUUGAUGCUGAAAUGAAAAAGCUGCAGAAAAGCAUCAAGGAGGCCACAAAAACACAAGAUAUUUUGCCCAAAUCUGAAAAACACAGAAAGUUAAUUGUUACAGCAGAAGUUUCACCUGAUUUGGAUGCAGAAUCUCAAGCCAUUGACAGUGAGGUAAAAGCAGAGGCAGUACCAUCAGUGACAGUAAAGGUAACAAUACAGAGCAGAGUGACUGCACAGAAACCAAACCUGGUAGUAUGUGUACAAGCUCCAUUAGCAGUGACCUGUGAUCAGUUCUUCUUGGAUGAUUUAGAACCAGAUGCAUCUGAAACUGUGGUCCUGUCUGUCUUUUUGAAGGGGAAUUGUGCUCCAUCAGAACUUGAAGGAAAUUGUGUGGUUUCAUAUAAUACACCAACAGAGUUCAAUCCUGAAGGAGUACUGAAUGUUGCACAGUGUAACUUCAGGCUGCCUUUGCGGUUAGUUUGCUUUCCAGCUCAACCUUCAAAAGCAGCAAACCACAAGCUAACUAUUGAUACCAAUAAACCUCCCAUCAGUUUUCUCACCAUUUUUCCAGACUUUGUCGAUCCAUCUGGGGAUGACCAGGCAAAUGCUCUGGGAUUUCAGUUUUUAACUGGUUCAAAAACUACUCUUCUUGCUUCAAAAACAUCACAACGAUAUAGGAUCCAGAGUGAUCACUUAGAGGACCUUUGGCUGAUAACAAAAGAGCUCAUACUUCGACUCGAAGAACAUUUCAAGAAGCAAAACUGCAAAGAUUUUGCAUGUACCUUUUCUGGUUCAAUUCCCCUGCAAGAGUAUUUUGAACUAAUUGAUCAACAUUUUGAGCUACGUCUGAAUGCUGAAAAAUUUCAGGAGCUGUUAUCUGAAAGGGCUGUACAGUUUCGAGCUAUUGAGCGGCGAUUGCUGACACGAUUCAAAGACAAAACUCCUGCUCCCCUUCAACAUCUGGACACCUUGCUAGAAGGAACGUUCAGAGAGGUAAUAGCUCUAGCAGAUGCAGCAGAAGAAAAUCAAGCCAACAUGUUCCGGGCACUAACAAAGUUGAAAAGUGCCACCCAUCUGGUGAUUACCCUGAUUAGUCUGUGGCAGAAGCUCAGUGCUGAUCAAGUUGCUAUUCUGGAAGCAACGUUUUUGCCACUAGCAGAAGAUACACAAGAGCUGGGUUGGGAAGAAGCUGUGGAUGCUGCCAUUUCUUAUUUGUUAAGAACUUGCUUGUCAAAGAGCUCUAAGGAACAGGCCCUGAAUCUCAGCAGCGAUUUGUGCAUGCCCAAAGAUACUAGCAGACUGAAGAAGAACAUCACAGUCUUCUGCGAUAGAUUGGCCAAAGGUGGCCGCCUUUCCUUAAGCACAGACUCAGCUACUCAGCAAGCUGCUGUCAUGCCAGGUGGCUGUACUACAAUCCCAGAAUCUGAUUUGGAGGAAAGACCAGUUAUACCGGGCUACACAGGAAAGUUUCCCAGUCACAGACAGGUCGCAAAGCAGAAAUCCAAGCCUGGUUUGUCUGAGGAUGCAGAGAAGGAAGAAGAAAAGCCAUGAAAUCUGAAGAUGACCCUCAUGAAGAAUUUCUAUGUGAUAUCAAAUGCAUUUAUAAUGCAGCAGUACCAAUCCAUUUUAUUUUGUACUGAUUGCAGCUUCUGGAAGGAGAGGAAUGGACUAAUUUAUACAAAAAGUUCCAUUCUAAUAAUUUUUAUUUGGUCUCCCUGCCAACUACUAGCAUCCUUUCUGUGAGCAAAGCUUAAGCACUUCCCCAGCUGUGUUAAGGGUGUCGUGUUAUGUUCUGCGAUAUGUAAGCCCUUUCUAAGGAUUCAUUUGAUCCAUCAAAGACUGUUUACACAUAAGUUAAAAACAACCUUUGUUUCAGGAUAUGUAUUAUCAUUUUUUUUUUUUAAAGAUAUUCUGAACUGUACAUCCCUUUGAGAUAUAUUAACAUUGUUUAUAUCAGAGUUUUGACAAAAGAUAACUAUCUCAUUUCCUCCUGUACUAACAUUCAUGAUUCCAGACAGCUUAAUUCACCACAAGAAGAAAAACUGGUAAUCUGUCAACUUUCUUUCCCCUCUCUCAUUGCUUAUACAGACUCUUGUUCUCUAGAGAUAUAGAGUAAAAUAUGGUUACUGAAUAUAAAGGGCAGACCUUUUGCCAUUAACUAUGUCACUACGGAUGUAAAUAAAGUUUACACUAUAAGUACCUUGAGUGUAGCGACACAUGGAUCUUUUUAUAGUUAUCUGUGAUUUUCCUGUCAAUCAGUCUAUUCUAGUUAUGGAUAAGAUCUUCAAAAGUAGCCAGCAAUUUUCGAGUGCCUUAAUUUUUAUUACUCCAGUUGGAAGGUUAAGUUUUUUGAGGGUUGAGUUUUUAGAAGGUGCUGGGUAUCUGUCUUCUGAAAAUCAAGUCCAUGCAAGGUGCCUGAAAUGCAACACCCAACAACUGAGGUGACCUUUGAGAGGACCUUGGCCUAGGAUUUGGAAGUAUCAGGAUCAUGUUGCAGAUUCCUGAGAAUGAGUUGAGAUAUCGAUAAAAGAUACUCAGAACUGAAAAUAGCUGAUACCUGGGUCAAAUGUAAUAAAAGGCAUUUGAACGAGGUCCCACCUGACUGUUGCUGGUUCAUUACAAAGUGCAAGUUUCAGUAUUUUGGAAGACAGAUUCAAAAAAGCACUACCGGUCUCAGCUCAGUUUCUGGUGGUUGGUUCAUCACUCCUGUUCUAGCUGUAGAAGAGGUCCCUCCAGCUCACUUUCGUUCUGUUUCAGCAGAGGUUCUGACAGUUUCUGUUGUCUGUGCUAGGCUUGAUCUGUGGACAAAAAGAAGAUAUGAUUUUUCAGAAUGUCUAAAGCCAUCAACCUUCAUUAUUCCAAUAAAAAUGGCUCUGUCCCCCAGGGAGACCUCAGAUACCUGCAAACUGUGGGGCCAGAAAUCUUGUUUCUUUCCCAGGAUGGAAAAAUCCUCCCCCCUGCUUGUUCUGGAGUGAUUCUGCUGGCUGAGAUUUCUUCACUCUGAUCCCUCCCCUGUGGUUUUUGUCAGGAGGGUGGUAUCCAACCCAUUCUCAAGGUACCCUGCUGCGUUGCGAAAAUUACACAAUAAAAUAAUCUCCUGUAGUUUCUGUACACACCUCAAUGACCAAAGAAAAUCCAUGGAGAACUAAUCAAUUACUGUAGCUAUUAGGCUUAAACUUUAACGAUAGAUCUCAAAUCUUCUUUUGUCCUCUUGUCAGUGGCUACUACCUAAUCUACAGAAAUCAACCACGGUUACUACUGAAAAGCCUGUACUAUAACAGUGUAGAAUCCUGGACCAAAGAACCCUAAGCUAUAGGCAAAUAACAUAGCUGGAAAGUACACUACUGUGAGACUUCUGUGAAAUAUAUUACUCUGUCAUAAUUACCAUUAUUGAAUGUGAUCCCAGUGCUCAGAGCUGCCUGGCUUCAUAGGGAGUUUAGGGUAAACAGUAAGUAGGCACUCAGGUCAAUUAUAUCAUCCACUCUUAUUUAAGUUAUUUUCUGUUAUUUUAAGAUGUAAGGCUUAGAAGCACUCUUGUUAGCCUUUUCUACUUCAUGCUUUGUAAAAUGAGUUCUCAUGAGAAUAGUUUUGCAGAAAGAGGAAAACAUACUGGUAAUAAAGAGGAAAAAAAAAAAGUAGAACUGCCUAUAACAGUAAUGUAUGACCUCUUUGUAUAUUGCUUAGUAUUUGAUAGUAUCAUCAGGAUUUAAAAGAGAAAUACAAUUGCAUUGUGUAAAAAUGACUUUGUUUCCCCCAAUGCCAAAUACUCCAUCUAAUUCAGAGGAAGGAAGUCAUUGAAAUGUAGUCAUUUAUGCAGCAGGCUAAAAGGAAAUAUUUUGAAGUAAUUCUUAGCAGUUCUGAAAAGUAGUUUGAAUUUUUAAGUUCUUUUUGGCUGGAAGAAAAUCAGGUAAAUCACAGGAAGUUUUGCAGUUAGAGAGAAAAAUGUAAGGAAACAUUGAUAGUUUGGGGGGACCAAAUGUUCAGUUCCCAUUGACAAUGUUUCUGAGACCCUGACAGACAAAGCGGGCCAAUCAAACUAUUCUGAACAGGAUUUUAGAGUAAUGGCUGGUCAGCUGUUCGGUUAAUUGUAAGAUCACAAUGUUUUCAAAUCAAGUUAUAUAAAUGUCAUACCUGGAAACCUAGUGAUGUAUUCUGCAAAGAUUACUCAUAUGACAACUCUUACUUUCUGAGCUGAAAUAUGCAGCCCGUCUGCACAUUUAGUUAUUUGAGAAUUUUAUGUUUAGGUGGCUCACAGAUAAAAAGGAGUUUUUAAUGUUCCUUUUAUUGAAAUUAAUUUUGUGUGCGUAUAUCAAAAAGGAAUUUUGUGAUGUUUUGAAAACCACGCUGUGAGUCAUGGCAACUUUGUUAUAUUUGUGCUAUAGCACUUUGAAAUGCAUUUUCUAAAAUAAUUCCUAGCAUAAAAUAUAUAUAUGUUCUAUUAAACAGGCAAGUACUUCCAGAGUUUAUUUUCUUGGUAGAGUUUAUUUUCUGAAUAUUUGUGUCCAAGGACUUUUAUUUUGUUUUUGUGCUGUUGCAACUUAGAAAAACAGAUUAAAACAAUUACUGUUCUGAUGACCAAAAUCUGGAGGUCUGGGCUCUGAUGAUCUUUUGGGCUUUGAACACAAUGCUGACUUCAAACUAGAACUGUGUUUUCCAGCCCCAGAUUGAUUCUUCUGUCCAACUAUUACUAAACUAUGACACAGAAAAACAACAUUGCUGGGUUUUGCUUUAUAAUGUCUUGUCUUUUUCUCCUCUUCAGCAUUUGCUGUAUAGUGAGCAUUAGAGAUGUUUCAAUAUUCUUGUGUUGCUUAUAAAGAGUAAUUUACUGCCCUAAACUGAAAUUUUCUGAGCAGGGAUUGUACUUCUAUGUGAAGUCCCUCUAGCAUAAAAAAAAUACAAGUUACACAUCAUAUUGAAUAAGUAUCUUCCCUUCUUAUCAAAAUAUCCUGUUUAUAAAUAAGCUUUUUAAAAAACUGCUGCAAAGGUGCUGUAAAAUACAUGAUGUACUCUUGAAACCAA